AUGGAGACCGUUGAAGACACCGCAGCAAUUCUUGCAAGUUUGAAGGGAAUCGUUUCCAUCAGCGAGCAAUCCCAGUGUCUAACGACGAGACUGGUAGCGCACAUUAAAAGACAACAGAGUCAAAGGCAAGCGAUGUUUCUUCGUUUCAUGGAGACCGAAAGGGUAGCAGACGACCGUAGAAGACAAAGGAGGCUACGGAUUUUGCAGCGACUCAUUGCACAGCGAUCCUCGCCAUCUGUUUGGGUGCGAACAAAAGCCGAUGACUGGUGGAGACAGGUUCUUCCCAGUUUUACAGACCAGCAGUUCGUGGAGAAUUUCCGUACGUCUAAAGAGACAUUUCAAUACCUCUGUCGGCGUCUGAGGCCUGCAAUGGAGAGAGUGGACACGACGUUUCGCCUUGCAGUUCCGUUAGACAUUAGGAUUGCUGUCGCCCUUUGGAAGCUCGCCACCAACUCUGACUACAGGAGCAUAGGGCAUAUAUUUGGGAUUGGCCUUUCAACUGCCUGUGACUGUUUAAGAGAGUUCUGCUCCGCCGUGGAAGAGGUUUUGCUGCCAGAGGUCCUGAAAAUGCCUAGCCUUGACAAAAUGAAAGAACAUGCACAGUACUUUGAGCAAAGAUGGGGGUUGCCACAGUGUAUUGGGGCUGUUGAUGGCUCCCACAUCCCAAUUUUAGCACCCCAGCAGUACCAUACAGAGUAUUUUAAUAGAAAAGGAUGGUACUCGAUUGUUUUACAGGCAGUUGUAGAUGGAAGAGGUUUGAUUUGGAACGCAUACACUGGGCAACCUGGUAGCCUGCAUGAUGCCCGAGUGUUACGCUUGUCUGCUCUGUGGGAACUGGCUGAGAGGGGCAGGGUAUUUUCACAGGAGUACAUGAGUGUUGGAGGGCAGAAUGUUGGCUACUACAUCAUUGGAGAUGCUGCAUAUCCACUGAAAAGCUGGCUCAUGAAGCCAUUUGCAGACACUGGUGCCUUAACCAAAGAAGAGCAGACAUUCAACGUGAAGACAAGCAGGGCAAGAGUUGUGGUUGAGCAUGCUUUUGGUAGACUGAAAGGAAGGUGGCGAUGCCUCCAAAAGCGCAAUGACUGCAGCCUAGAGAGGAUCAAGUCCAUGGUGCUCACGUGCUGUGUGCUUCAUAACCUCUGUGAAAGUCACAAUGAGAUGUGGAGAGAGGAGUGGAGCGAGCCACUGCCGCCAGACAGUCUUGUUCAACCACCUGCUACAGAUGCUGAAGGUGUAGCUGUGCGUUCAGCCUUGAUGCGCCACUUUGUGUUGCCCAACUAA